AUGACUUUGACUGUUCUCUCAGAUGAACAGGUCAAGGAUAUCCUAGAAAAUCUGAGCCUGGACGAGCUGGAGGCUCUCCGAAAGACCCUGGCCGGUGCCCUCCAUGCCUUCUCUACCAGUCUGGGAACCGAUGGCCUAGGCGUCUUCCAGCAGCCGCAUCGAUUAACGACGCUGCAUCCAGAGACUCAGGCCACGACCCUGUAUAUGCCAUCAUGCGGUCCAUCUGGCAUGGGCUGUAAAGUGGUAUCUCUCACUUCUGGCGAGGCAGCCAAAGACCCUACCGUCCAGCAAAUCAGCCCAACAGGCGUCGUCAACCUCUUCUCGCCAGACGGAAGGCCAAUUGGCCUCAUCCACGCCAGCACGCUCACUGCGUUCCGCACAGCCCUCGCCUCACUAUGCCUCGUCUACCGCCGCAACCACGUCAAGACCAUUACCGUCUUUGGCAGCGGCAUGCAGGCCUACUGGCACGUCCGCCUGGCUCUCAUGAUGCGCGGCAGCACCAUCAAGCACGUCAAUAUCAUCAACCACCGCUUCUCAGACAGCGCCGGCCGCAUUCUUAAGAAGUUCGCCGUCAUCCUGCCUGAGGUAAAGGCGCGGGAGGGCUGGGAGGCGGCCAAGUUUACGAUUCUGACGCCUACGUUCCACGAGUUCAACCGCCUGCAGAAGGAGUAUAUCCGCAACGCCGACAUUAUUUACUGCUGCACGCCGUCUCGGGAAGAUCUCUUUGAUGCCUCGAUUCUGACGAAUCACGAGGGAAGAAAGAAGGGGAGGCUCAUUGUUGCCGUGGGAAGUUAUACGCCGGAGAUGAGAGAGCUACCUGAGGGCCUCCUGCAGCUGGUCACAAAGCCCCGUGAAAAGGGCCAUAGGCAUUUCCACAAACACGCUGAUGAAGGGGGCGUCAUUGUGGUAGACACACUGGACGGAGUUCUGUCAGAAGCUGGCGAGAUUAUUGCCGCCAAGAUCCCACCCACUCAAUUGGUCGAACUCGGCGAACUUGUCAUGCUUCACCGAAUGGCCGUCGACGAGUCAGAGUCCGAAGCCUCCGACGUCAUGUCACAAACGUCAUCCUUCUCAGAACUUGACAUCUCCGACAGGAGCCCUUCCAUGAAUACAGUCUACAGCGACAUGCCAUCAAGCCCUUCGAGUCCGACGUCUUCACGCAGCAAAUCGCCCUUCCGGAGGCACUUUCGGAAAUCUUCGAGCAACAACUUGUCUGAAAAGGACAAGGAGAAGCAAAAGGACGACGGCCUCUCGCGCUGGCUACGGGACGGCACUGUUGUCUAUAAAAGUGUCGGGGUUGGAUUGAUGGACCUAGUGGCAGCAGAAGAAUUAAUUAAGCUUGCGAAGCAGAAGAAUAUUGGCACGCAGAUUGAAGGCUUUUAA